AUGUCAUAUCCAAUUGAUUUUUGGAUUGCUUUUGCUUCAAGUAUAAUAUGUGUUCUUUGCUCACUAUUGGUUCUUUAUUGUCUUCUUUUUUAUCGAACACUUCGUUCUGCUCUUAACAAUCAUAUCAUCAUUCUUCUUCUCAUUCUUAUUAUUCUACGUAUACUAGAAUUCCUUGGUACUACCUUUUAUGGAUUUGCUGCUGAUCAAUUUAUGUUACCAAUGGGAUUUUAUUUUCUUUUCUCAUAUUUCUGUGAUUAUGGUCUGUAUAGUAUUCAGAUUAUAUUAGUUCUUUGGGCUAAUAUCGAAAGACACAUACUCAUCUUUCAUAAUCAAUGGAUUUCAACCAAAAAGAAACGAUUCUAUGUUCAUUAUAUGCCACCUAUGUUACUACUCAUUUAUAGUCUACUCUUCUAUAUAUUGAUCACUUUUAAUCCAUUUUGUGACAGUUCACCACUUAAUAUUAUACCUGGAAUUCCACCCAGUCCUUGUGCAUUAAAUAAUGCAAUUAUAGCAACAGUAGACAUACUACUUCAUCAUAUAAUUGUCAUCUUACUAAUUGCUAUUCUUAGUAUUGCAUUGAUUGUACGUGUUAUAUUACAAAAACAGAGAUUAAAUCAACCAAUUCAAUGGCAAAAACAUCGCAAAAUGAUGAUUCAAAUGAUUUUUACAUCAGUUUUCUAUUUGAUUUGUGAUGCACCAUGGGCAAUCUUGGUUUUUAUUGUGAAAAAUAAUUUAUUACAAUAUAAUUUAGAUACACCUUUAAUUGUAGCACUUACUCUUCGUAAUUAUGUAAUGUAUUUAUAUCCAUUUAUUUGUCUGGCAUCAUUAUCUGAAUUGCGAAGUAAAAUGAAAGACACGUUUCUUUGUUGGCGACAUCUAAGUCAAGUUGUUCCUCUAAGAACAAUAACAAUAGAACCAAGAAUCGGUCGAACAAUACUUGGCACACAACCUGUUGCUCACUUAUCAUAA